UUGACUUUCAAUAUAUUGGACGAAACAUAGUAAUAUUUUAUUUUAUCGUAUUAUAAUAAUGAGUCUCUAACUACGACGUCCAGGUGGCAGCUUAUUGCGAAGAAAUUCAUUUUUUUUUCAAUAGAUGUCGCUAGGUGCGCUUAAAAGUGAUGUCAUGUAAACUAAAAUUUUACUAUUUUAGUAGAAAUUUAAAGUUCUGUAAUGUGUAUCUUAUUUUUGAUGCGUUUAUUAUUUUUUACUUAAUUUAAAGUUUCAUCAAUAAAUAAUUUGAUUGUAUAACAAAUUGCUAAUUUAAUAAUUUACAAAGUUGGAUUUUUGAUGCUAUUUCGUCGAGGGUGGUUUCCGACCUUUUUAAAUAUUCACGGAUUGAAUCAUAGUGUAGUGAUGUUAUACAAAACUGGUGUUAUUUUGUGUUUUUUAGUUAUUAACGGCUGCGAAAUUUUGUUAUUAGUACUUUUUUUUUAAUUUUUCAGUACUUUUUUUAAACGCAUUGACCUGGCAAUACUAAAAUAAAAUGUCAGUCAAAUUGAUACUGUCGUAUGCGCCGGUAUCGAUUUGUUUGCUGUAACUUUGUAUUAUUUCUGUAUUUUCUGUGAUCCACACUGUAUUUUCGUUGAGUUGAGCUUAGGUUCCUCCGAAUAUUUCACGCCUGUGACCAGAAAUACUUUUCGCCCGUUGCGAAUAACAAAACUGAGCUAAGACUCCUUGUGAUUUUAAGUGUGUGUUUGUACUUGCAAAGUAGGAUUAGGAUUUCCCUGAUUCUCAUCAUGUCUUCAGACAAACACUGUUGUGUUCCUGGAUGUAAGGAAAGUGGAGGUUCGCACAAAGUUCUUCAUGGGUUUCCCAACCCAAAAGAUGAUAAACAUCGAUUUAAUAUGUGGUUAUAUGCUAUCGGCUCCAGUAUCUUGGGCUUAGAGAAUGAACGCAUUCAUAAGUAUCGACGUGUGUGUCGUUCUCACUUUGCUGAAAAGUACCUAUGCCGCAAUAACCGACUCAGUAAAACUGCUGUGCCAACACUGAACAUGCCAGGCUUGACAUUAAACAUACAGGAUACAUUAACUGAACAAAGACCUAUGCGAAAAGUUUUGACAGCUUUGCAACCAUCAACGUCUAAAGCUCCAGUUUCAAUUACAUAUGAAGUUGGUUUGGACUGCAAAUCUAUAGAUUGUGAUGAAAGGAUAUCUAAAGGAAUAGAGGUCAUAGAGAAAGAAAAUUAUGAUCCUGCACUUGGAAAUGUAGUUGAUAAUGAGACUUCACACACUCAACCUCCCAUCAUCACCACAAAUGUUGCGCCUCAUUUCGCUCUUAAUAGAGCAAUAAACAUGAAGAAAACCCGGCAUUUCACAGUAAAAGAAAAAACGCUGCAUACAAUGAUUGUUGCUGCAAAACGUAAAAUAAAAAAGUUGCAGAGUAAAGUAAAAAAGCAGUCUGCAGAAAUCAAAGCAGCCAAAAAGAUGACUUCCAACCCAGCAGUGUUGAAUAUGAUUGAAAAUUGUUCAAGCAGUGCAAAAAUUAUAAUGGAAAUGCAAUGGAGGGAAAAUAGAAAAAAAGGAAAAGGGCGUCGUUUUACCAUGCAAGAAAAGAUUUUAUCUUUGUGCAUUUUAAAACAAAGCCCAAAGGCUUAUAAUUUUUUUAGAAAAAUAUUUAUUUUACCUGCUCCGCAAACUCUUGUCAAACUAGUACAAAGUUUGAAUUUACGUCCUGGUUUAAAUAAGAAUAUAUUUGCACAAUUAAAGAAAAAAGCUCAAUCGAUGAAAGUAGAAGAAAAGUUGUGUGUCUUAUUGUUCGAUGAAAUAUCAUUGAAAGCACACCUCUCUUUUAACCAGAAAAAAGAUAAAGUGACUGGGUUUGUGGAUGAUGGUUAUAAAAGGCAACCAGAAAUUGCUGAUCACGCACAAGUAUUUAUGGUGCGGGGUCUAUUAAAAAAUUACAAACAACCCAUAUCAUACACAUUUUCAGCUAGCGCAACAAAAGGCACAACGCUAGCAAACCAAAUAAAGGAUGUUGUAAAAGAAUUACAAAAAUGUGGAUUGAUAGUGGUAGCGUCAGUUUGUGACCAAGGCACAAAUAACCGCCAAGCCAUUAAAAUAUUGCUUAAUGAAACAAGGGGGGUCUAUUUAAGAAAGGGAGAAACUCCAAAAGAUAAUAUUAUUUUAAUAAAUAAUCAGGAAAUCGUACCAUUAUAUGACCCUCCACAUCUUCUCAAAGGUAUCCGAAAUAACCUUUUAAAUAAGAAUUUGCAUUUUGUAAAAGAUGAUGUACAAAAAACUGCAAAAUGGUCACAUUUACAAUUAUUAAAUAAAGAGAAUCCAGGCUACAAAGGGAUACGCCUAAUUCCAAAAUUAACAGAAAAUCAUGUCAACCCAGAGAAGAUUAACAAAAUGAAAGUGAAAUAUGCAUCGCAGAUUUUUAGUCGCACUGUUGCAUCCAAUAUGGGAUAUCUAGCAGAUAAGGGUAUCCUGCCAGAAGCCUGUAAAGAUACAGCUGAUUUGUUGCUGUUCAUGGAUAACAUCUUUGAUUCCGUGAAUGGAAGUUACAAAAAAAAUAAAUUUGCAAAACCCCUACUCGGCCCUGCAACAGAACAUUCUGUUCACAACAAAACAUGGGCAGAAGGCAAAAACGUCUUCAAAUCCAUGAAAUUUAAAACUUCGGCAGGUAAAGAAGAAUCUGUUCCAACCGUUGCAAACUGGAUAUGGACACUGGAUGGUAUCCAAAUACUACUGAAAAAAUUAAAAAAAGAAUAUUCAAUUUCAUCAGUGUGGUUGCGGCACCUUAAUCAAGACCCCUUAGAAAACUUCUUUGGGGGUAUUCGAAGUCAUGGGUGCCGCAACAAUAAUCCAACGUGCGACCAAUUUGAAUCGGCUGCCACUACAUUACUGGUCAAUAAUUUGUCGAAUGUUCACUCGCAAGGCAAAAAUUGUGAGGAAGAUUUUUGUAAAGCAUUAUACUCACUCGUCAUCAGCGAAAACCCAGAGCCACCAUCUACCAGCACUUUUGAUUUUAGCUCUAUUAUGGAACUAGAUUUUUCUCCUAUAUCAGAAAAGGAAAAUGAUCCUAGAAAAAUAGCGCCAUUGCAAUAUGUAAGUGGUUACUUUAUAAAAAAAGCAAAAACUAAUAUUUUUAAAAAUUGCAUGCAGUGCAAAAUUGAUUUGUGUAAUGAAGAUCAAAUUGAAUAUAUAAAAUAUAGAGAGUAUGCUGGUAAAAGAUGGCUCUGUACUCCAAAUAAUGAGUUGACAGAAUUGGUAUCAAACAUGCAGGACAUAAUAAAUUUUAUUUUGAAAAAUAAUUUAGAAAAGACCGAUCUUAAAGAAAUUAUUAAAACAUCUAUUAUAAUUCUUUUAGAUUUUAAUCUAUUGAAAUGCUUAAAUCAUAAGGAAGACUUAACAAAUUAUUUGAUAAGCAUUGUUAGCCGCUGUUUAAUCAUGAACUACUGUAAAGAUAUCAAUCGAAUUUUGUCUGGGAGGAAAUUAGUUGAUGACGAGGAAGAUAAUAUGCAAAUGAAAGCAAAGAAAUACCAAAAUAAAUGUUUUAAAAGAAAAAAAAUAUGAAUUUAUUGUUUAAUGUAGUUUUAAGUUAAUCAGUGAUGUCGAUUCUGGCAUGAUUCUCUAAAGCUUAACUUAAAUUUGACAACAGUGCAUCCUUUUCAUUCUCUAUACAGAAUAAAAAGGAGAGACUGAUGUUAAAUUUAGUUUUAAGUUUAGAGAAUCACGCCAGAAUCGACACCAAUCAUAGGCUUAUUUGUUAAUGGCUAUCUAGUAAUAGCAGCUGGGGCCACUAAAAUUUUCCGUAGUUGAUAUUAAUGGUUCAAAAAUAACUUAUUUUGCUCACCUAAUUCUCAAUACACUAAUGCCAGUGCCGGAACCUUUUAGUGCCCUAUGUAAAUUUAAUAUUAUGCCAAUUUUUGUUAAUUGCUACUUAAACUGCACUUGUUAUAUGGCGCUCUCAAAAACGUCCAAUUUAAAUCUAUAAAAAGCGUUAGAUUUAAUCAAUGCUCAUAGAUGUCACAGUACAAUUUCAUGUUAAAAAUAUCGUGAUUAUUUUAAAGACAGUUGACGUAAUGUAAUUUUUAAAUGUCUUACGUUAUAACUAUAUUAUAAUUAUAUUAAAUAACAAUAUUUGUUGUAUAAAAAGACAUUCCGCUAUUUACUUAAAUCCUAUUGUAUAAUAUUGGGACACUGUUUUUUUGCUCUUAUUAUUUUAAUUAACACGUCAAACAAUUUGAAGUGGAAAAACGCAAACAUUAGAAAUAUUAAGUUUAUAUAAUUUCUUUGAAGUCCUUGUAGUGGAAAUGUUAGUGCCGUCUUUAAAUAAAAAUAUGUUUUUAAGUGUUUGUUUUAUUUGCGAUCUUUUUUCC